AUGCUAAGUGAUAAAGUAUUACUAAAUGCAAACGAUUGCAGAAUUAAUGAACCGACCGAUCUAAAUCCGAUUAGUGACGCAUUUGUUUUGAAGUUUGCGACCUAUAAAUUCUGUGUAAUGAUAAUCAAUCAUUAA